AUGGCUCCAAAUAAUAAGCCUGUACUUCCCCCUCUCAAGACACCCAAAACGAUGACGUUUCCCUCCGAGCUCAGUCCCUACCCUCUGAGUGCCACUUCUACACCUACCAUCAAGCGUGAGGAUGGUUUAAGUGAAGCAAGCAGUACAUCGUCGCUGAGCCCACCACCUUCCUAUCUCAACUUUCUCAAAGCUGCUACACCGGUCUUUUCGACUCCCACCAGUGCGGGUCCAGACUUUCGGAGAUUCGAUAUCGAGCGACUCACCUUCGAACGAAAACGCCGUCCGUCCCCAAUCUCAGUGCCGAAAAUUGUUACAACUGAUGGACCCAAAACUACCAGUGAUGCUUUCCCACCACCAUCGCCUGCGACCAGUCAAAAGUCCGCAAGUUCACAGUCCGCGAGGCUUCCAUUACGACGACUCCGCAUCCCCACUUCCUGUUUUUACCCUUGCAUGAGCGAAUCUCCUAUGAGCGCCAGAACACCUGGUAGUGCAAGGACGCCCGGUAGCGCACGAACAAUACACUCCCCGUUUACACCGUCAGACUGGAUCUUCAGCUCCAUCGAGACACCUAGAAGUGCAACUGCCAAGUCAGUCUGCGUGCGCCAGGUGGUAACGCGAACAGUUACUUAUAAGCGGACUCUGCGGUCACCGCGGACGCCCACGAACUUCGAUCUUCCACCAAAGGGAAAGCGACGCAAGACUGCGGAAACCAAAGCCGAGUAA